AUGUCAGUUGAUCCUAGGAACAGAACAGGUCGUCAUUUCUUAACCCCCGAGAACCUUUCUUCGUCGAUUCAAAUAAGUAAUCUACCUCUAGAAUGGACGAAUGAUACAGUAUCUUCGGUUAUAGCAGGAUCUGGUCCCAUUGUGAAUAUUACCCCUAAGAAUGAUCCUCGUACUGGUAAACUGAAUUCUAUUGUUUAUGAUUAUAGGGCGAGUAAGGAUUGUAGUAUAGCGUAUGACUUACUUCGCAAGAUAGAUAAAUUUCCAUGUACUUUUGAAAGAAUCAUACCAAAUAAUUACAAAGAUCGAGAUGCAACCAAUAAUACUAAAGAGAUUGAGUUGACUAGAGAUGCAUAUCCCUGGGAUUCUGGAUUACAGCUACCAUUUCAAAUGAUUACAGCAGUACCGAUUCCCAGAAGACCACUUCAACAGCAACCACAACAACAGAUUCACAUUCAACAGAAUAACAAUUCGAAUGUGAAGUUCCCAGAUAUACUAAGUAAAGCGUCACAGCAUCUGCCCGAAUUGAAGGCAGAUUUACUCACAGCAUCUGAUGAGAUAUCACAAAAUCUAUCCAAGAUUCCACCCUUACAACUAAUUGAAAUAAUAUCAACUUUGAAGAUUUUAUGUAACCAGGAUUCUACGAAGAAAUUACAAAUUGAGAAAUUUUUAAGUGGUAAUAAAGAUAUAAAUCUUACAGUGGCACAAGCAUUAUUAGAGAUGGGAUUUAUUACGUACGAUAUUGUAUCAAAUAUUAUUAACAGUUCAAAAGGUAAUACACCUACUCCAGUGAGCGUUCCUCCUCCGUUCAUGGCACCAGCGAUGGGAGUACCAUCGAUGCCACAGAUGACACCGCCAAUGGGUAUGGUCCCCCCACUGGGUAUGGUUCCCCCUCCACCAAUGGGUAUGAUGUCUGCACCGCAGAUGGUCAUGAUGCCCGGUUUUGCACAAGCACCACCAAUGCGUCAAGGAUCGCCACCACAACAACAACAACAGCAGCAGCAGCAACAACAACAACCCAUGAUACGAGAGCGCGAGAUAGACGAGUUGAAGCUGUCUAAACUGCCCAUGAACCAGCAGGAAAUGAUAAGACAGGUGCUGAAGUUAACUAACGAACAAAUGACAACGUUACCCAUGGACCAAAAGCAAAUGGUCGAGAAUCUCAGAAAGGAAUACUUGAUAUAA